AAAACCUUCUCUUCCCUCUCUUCCAAUUCACCCCAAUCUCUCAUCAAUCCUCUAGCAGACAUGGAUCAAGAACACACCCAAUUCAACACCCUCACCCCCAACCCACCUCACAAUUCCCUCCACAAGAAACCAUCCACCCCUACUACCCCCACCCCCACCCCCACCACCCUUGCCAACAGCGGCAAGAGGACGCUGAGGGACGGCGGCGGGGGAGGCGGGUCGGGCGUGACGAUGAGGUACCGGGGAGUGAGGCGGCGCCCGUGGGGGCGGUACGCGGCGGAGAUACGGGACCCGCAGUCGAAGGAGCGGCGGUGGCUCGGCACCUUCGACACGGCCGAGGAGGCGGCCUGCGCCUACGACUGCGCCGCCCGGGCCAUGCGCGGUAUCAAGGCCCGCACCAACUUCGUCUACCCCACCAACCCGCCGCCUCUCUCUGACCACCACCACUUCUUCCAUAACGCAGCUCCCUUCAACACCUUCCCUCCAAAACCCUACUCUCGAGACUUAACCAACAUAAACACUAGGGGAACAGUCCUCGCCGCAACUCCCGUGGCGGCGCCGCCGAGGAACGCUGCCUCUCUGGACGUCUCGUUUUUCCUUCGCGACAUUCUCAACCCUCCCAACACCGCUCCUCUGUACCCACCACCACCACCGCCACAACCACCGUCCCAAACUUCUUCUUAUGCUCAGCCUCCGAGUCUCCACGUGCCAAAUGAGUACCAGAAGCCACAAGCUCCGGCCGAACCGAACGAGGACGACGGCUCGUGCGGCUUCUUCCUUCAAGAAUCUCCCGAGUCGGGCCUCUUGGAGGAAGUCAUCCAAGGGUUCUUCCCCAGGAAGAAGAAGAGCUCGGAUCAAGUGAAGGGUCAGUUUUGGAACGACGACCCGCACGGCCUCGGCGCCGUCACUUCGCCUCGCGAGCACAUGCAGAGCUUGAACGGCCUCACCAGCCUACACCUGCAGACCUACUCGUGCGGCGGCGACAGCGACGACCUCGUCGGGGUUCCCGCCGCUGCUCCGUCGCUGUUGGAUGUGGAUGUGCUCCAGUACCCCGAAUUUCUCGGCACUUUCGCAGCUAGGGUACAUGAUGCUUAAGCCGAUCACUUGGGAGUCUCCACUAUAUUCACAUAUAUAUAUAUUUUUAUAUAUUCAUAUGUUGCUUCUGUGUAUUGACGAUAUAGUUCUGGAGAAAAAGAAAACUAUGAACCUAGAUUGAACGUCCAAGGAGUUUGUGCUUUGCUUUUUCAUUUUUCUUCCAUCUUUGCUGGUUUUUUCUCUAGGGUUUUGUGAAGACGGGUGUUGUAGCCAUGUACUCCUCUCCAAAUUCUCUUCGUCUUCUUCUUCGCUUCCCCUUGUCAUCCUCUACAUAUGUGCCACUGUUUGGUUUUCUGUUC